ACCUUAAAACAUAAUAAUAAUUAGUCCCCAGUCUGACGUUUGCAAUAAAAUCUGCGAUUCGUAGUCUUAUUUUAAAGACUAAUGGAUUUACAAUGUUUCUGAUAUUUUUCAAACAACUUUGUAAAGAGCAAAGAAAAUUAUCACCAUUUAUCUAUAAACACCGUACAUUAUUUUCCAGAAGUUACUCAUCGCAAACAAUGGAAGAAUCUAUUCCAUUCACAAAGGACUUUCUAUUCAGACAGCAUUUUGAUCCUUACUCCAGUACUUACACGUACUUACUAGCUGAUUCUAACAGUAAGGAAGCAAUUAUUAUUGACCCUGUUUUAGAAUGGGUCGACAGAGAUUUCAAUAUUAUUAAGGAAUUGGGCCUAUCUUUAAAAUAUGCAGUGAACACUCACAUGCACGCAGAUCACAUAACUGGAUCAGGGAAAUUAAAGACUCUUUUACCGUCUUGUCUCUCAAUGAUAUCUCUUAAGAGUGGGGCACAGGCAGAUAUUUCCUUGAGUCCAAUGGAAGAAAUUAAAUUCGGAAGACAUCGUUUAGUUUGUCAUCCAACUCCAGGACAUACUCAAGGUUGUAUGACAUUCGUGUGUCAGGAACAAGGAAUUGCUUUCACUGGAGACACACUUUUAAUUCGAGGAUGUGGAAGAACUGACUUUCAGGAAGGAUGCUCUGAAGAGCUAUACAAUUCGGUGCACUCAGUCAUAUAUAAGCUUCCGGAUAACUUUAAACUUUACCCAGCUCAUGACUAUACUGGAAGAACAGUGACUACAGUUGCUGAAGAGAAAAAAUUUAAUCCAAGAUUGACUAAAUCUCUCAAUGAGUUUAUAAAAAUUAUGAAUGAUUUGAAGUUGCCGCGUCCAAAAAUGAUUGACACAGCUGUUCCAGCUAACAGAAAAUGUGGCCUAUUCGAUGUACAUACCGAAAAGGAAUAAGAAAGUCAAUUAAAUGCGAUUUGCAUAAAAUUUAGUAAUAUCUCGACGUCUAAAAAAUGCACCAUUGACAUAGUGUUUAAGUGCAAUAUUAUACCGUUAGAAUUAUCAACUGAAAAAUCGAUAUUUUUAGUAUUGUAAAUAAAAUGUUUUUUCAUACAUUUA